AUGAAAGGACAAACACUAGCCCUCUCCCUCUCCCUCCUCUUCAUCGCCAUAACUGUCGUGGCGAUUGAUGCCGACUCAUGGGCUCCAAUAAAGGACCUAAAAGACAAGCAUGUGCUUGAGAUCGCAGAGUUUGCCGUUUCAGAGCAUAACAAGCUAGUCAAAUCCGAUGCGGUACUUGAAAGAAUCAUUAAAGGCGAAUCGCAGGUCGAAGACGGCACAGAUUAUCGGCUUGGUUUGGCGGUGAAAGAACGGAGGGCUGAUGAGAAAUAUCAGACUGUUGUGAAUGAGAAUUCGGAGAAUUUAGAGAAGACUGUGGAAUCGUUUGUGCCUAUUAACAGUUAA